AUGUCCAACGACCCCAACCGCCAGGGACAGUAUCCACCGCCUUCAUGGUCCUCUGGUCAGCCUGAUUAUCCUCCUUCGUCACAACAUUCUGCCCGCCCCACUCAACAGUCUUACCAAUAUCCUCCUCCGUCUACUAUGGCCACCAUACAGCCACAGAUUCAGCACCCACCUCAGGAUUACCAGCUCCCGCCACCACAUGGGGCGUACCAGCGUCCUCCCGAGAUGUAUGGUCAUCCACCCCCAGCUCCGCCCCUGGUGGUAUACCCGGCUGCCGCUCCAAGACAACGAACUGCGAUAGCCUGCCGAUACUGUAGGAGACGGAAGAUUCGAUGUUCGGGAUUCGAGUCCUCCCAGGAUGGACGAUGCAGUAAUUGCGUUCGCUUUAAUCAGGAAUGCAUGUUCACGCCGGUUUCGUCACAAGCACAAGCCUUUGUCCCUGCUCAAGCAGUCUACAACCAUUUUCGCGGCACGGCACCACGGGGUGGUCCUCGAGCUGAUGCUAUACCAUUGUAUGGUGCACAUGGCCAACCGCUUCCUCCACCACAGGCACCACAACAUCCACAAGAUGGACCUCUCCCUCCUCCACAAAGUUUAUAUCCACCUCAUGCUUAUGGCAGGCCGCCCGUCGACGACCGCCCUCCCCCCCCUCAUUUACAGCCUCCCCCGUUGCAACCGGAUCAUGUGAGUCGCAAACGUCCCCGCUCCGACGAGUCUCCAUUUCCUCCCCAUCAUUCCCGCGACCCCGUUUCGGCCUCGAGUUCUGAUUUCUCACAUUCUUCUACACAGAGAUCCUCAAUGGUCUCGCGUGAUUCAAGAGAAGGAUAUUCUUACUCUGAAUCUACCACACUCCCUCCCGUCUCAGCGGCUGUGUCUGGGACCGCAUACCCCAGCCAUACAGCCCAAGCGCCGUACGAUAGACGUUCGUCGCCUCAUUCCCAAUACUCAUUCGAGCAUCGACACUCCUCUUCUCCGCACGGGUCUACCUCGUCCAAUCUGCCAUAUCCACCCAUCCAACCGCAACAUCCUCCGCCGUCCAUCCCAAUUCGAACCCCACCACCCGGUCAAACAACCGUCUCAUCUGGUAGCCGUGGGUUGAGUGUGAGGGAAAUGCUGGGCCCAGAUACUCAAGGCACACGAAGUUCUACAGAUAGCGAUAUGCUCAAUGCCCUAAACCGGAGGGUUUAG